AUGAAAACCUGCGGAACCUACGAAAUAAUGUCAUCCGAUGAGAUGAUUACCGAAGAAGAGGAGAAGUUAUACAGGACAUCUUUCGAGAUCGAGCAACCUUGGCAAGACAUCCGAGAGGCGCAAGAUAGCUACAAGCAAGAAAAUAAGCCUUUAUUCUACGGACUACCCUGUACUUCAACAACGACCCACACGGAGGCCUUCGAGGAAAUUUUGGAGGACCACUACGCUUUAUCAAGCUCUACCACAUCUUUAACAUCUGAAACAGGCUCCCCAUUAGAUGACAGUGCGCUCUGGAACGAAAAACACGGCGAUUUCGAGAUCGUGCCGUCCGCUUCAGAAGCUGAGAACGUCAAUGUCAUGAGAAUGGACCAUAUUGCCUAUAUUCAGACGAUGAUAGACCGAUGCACAACCACAGACUCUAUACAGGAAGAAGAAAGAAGAGCUCCCACGGAUAUGAAUGCACACAGGACUGAAAUAUUUAUUGCAGCUGUGAAAGAAAAAGAUUGCCAUGAAACUGAACUCGAAGAAGAUUCAACAGAAGACAAGCCUAGUCAAGCGACCUACGAAGUUGAAAAGAGAUGCGAGCUACCACAUGAACUGCAGGAAAAACUCAGCGAAGACAGGUCCAGCGCCACUUCCAACGCAGAUCAGUUCGAAGAAAGGUCUUUUGAUGACCUCACUGACAUUUCUGACCAAGAAGUCGUCAGUCACGCGCCCUACGAAAUGGAAGAGAGCUCCGAACUACCACAACCGAGUUCAGAGUUCGCUCAGCCAGUUCUUUCGAAACAGGAACUGGACCACAUCGCCUACAUCACGAGCCUAGCCGAGCAAUCAUCUUUCGAAGCACCAGAACGGCCUCCAUUGCCCAGAAGAAUGACUUCAGAACAAUUUGAACUGCGGGAAGAACUCAGCGAAGACAGGUCCAGCGCUACUUCCAAUGCAGAUCAGUUUGAAGAGCGCUCUUUCGAUGACGUCACUGCCAUUUCCGAUCAGGAAGUCGUCAGUCAAGCACCCUUCGGCGUGGAAGACAGUUCCGAACUAACACAGCCGAGCCCAGAAUUCGCUCAGCCAGUUCUUUCGAAACAGGAACUGGACCACAUCGCCUACAUCACGAGUCUAGCCGAGCAAUCAUCUUUCGAAGCUUCACAACGGCCUCCACUGCCUAGAAGAAUGGCUUCAGAACAACAAGAAAUGGAGAAAGAGCUCAGCGAAGACAGGUCCAGCGCCAUUUCCAACGCAGAUCAGUUCGAAGAAGGGUCUUUUGAUGACGUCACUGCCAUUUCUGACCAAGAAGUCGUCAGUCACGCGCCCUACGAAAUGGAAGAGAGCUCCGAACUACCACAUCCGAGCACAGAAUUCGCUCAGCCAGUUCCUUCGAAACAGAAAGUGGACCACAUCGCCUACAUCACGAGCCUAGUCGAAAGAUCAUCUUUCGAAGCUCCAGAACGGCCUCCACUGCCUAGAAGAAUGGCUUCAGAACAAUAUGAAAUGGAUAAAGAGCUCAGCGAAGACAGGUCCAGCGCUACUUUCCAAUGCAGAUCAGUUCGAAGAAGGGUCUUUUCGAUGACGUCACUGCCAUUUCCGAUCAGGAAGUCGUCAGUCAAGCACCCUUCGAAAGUGGAAGACAGUUCCGAACUACCACAGCCGAGCACAGAAUUCGCUCAGCCAGUUCUUUCGAAACAGGAACUGGACCACAUCGCCUACAUCACGAGCCUAGUCGAAAGAUCAUCUUUCGAAGCUCCAGAACGGCCUCCACUGCCUAGAAGAAUGGCUUCAGAACAAUAUGAAAUGGAUAAAGAGCUCAGCGAAGACAGGUCCAGCGCUACUUCCAAUGCAGAUCAGUUUGACGAGCGCUCUUUCGAUGACGUCACUGCCAUUUCCGAUCAGGAAGUCGUCAGUCAAGCACCCUUCGAAGUGGAAGAAAGUUCCGAACUACCACAGCCGAGCACAGAAUUCGCUCAGCCAGUUCUUUCGAAACAGGAACUGGACCACAUCGCCUACAUCACGAGUCUAGCCGAGCAAUCAUCUUUCGAAGCUUCACAACGGCCUCCACUGCCUAGAAGAAUGGCUUCAGAACAACAAGAAAUGGAGAAAGAGCUCAGCGAAGACAGGUCCAGCGCCAUUUCCAACGCAGAUCAGUUCGAAGAAGGGUCUUUUGAUGACGUCACUGCCAUUUCUGACCAAGAAGUCGUCAGUCACGCGCCCUACGAAAUGGAAGAGAGCUCCGAACUACCACAUCCGAGCACAGAAUUCGCUCAGCCAGUUCCUUCGAAACAGAAAGUGGACCACAUCGCCUACAUCACGAGCCUAGUCGAAAGAUCAUCUUUCGAAGCUCCAGAACGGCCUCCACUGCCUAGAAGAAUGGCUUCAGAACAACAAGAAAUGGAGAAAGUGCUCAGCGAAGACAGGUCCAGCGCCACUUCCAACGCAGAUCAGUUCGAAGAAGGGUCUUUCGAUGACGUCACUGCCAUUUCCGAUCAGGAAGUCGUCAGUCAAGCACCCUUCGAAGUGGAAGACAGUUCCGAACUACCACAGCCGAGCACAGAAUUCGCUCAGCCAGUUCUUUCGAAACAGGAACUGGACCACAUCGCGUACAUCACGAGCCUAGUCGAAAGAUCAUCUUUCGAAGCUCCAGAACGGCCUCCACUGCCUAGAAGAAUGGCUUCAGAACAACAAGAAAUGGAGAAAGUGCUCAGCGAAGACAGGUCCAGCGCCACUUCCAACGCAGAUCAGUUCGAAGAAGGGUCUUUCGAUGACGUCACUGCCAUUUCCGAUCAGGAAGUCGUCAGUCAAGCACCCUUCGAAGUGGAAGACAGUUCCGAACUACCACAGCCGAGCACAGAAUUCUCUCAGCCAGUUCUUUCGAAACAGGAACUGGACCACAUCGCGUACAUCACGAGCCUAGCCGAAAGAUCAUCUUUCGAAGCUCCAGAACGGCCUCCACUGCCUAGAAGAAUGGCUUCAGAACAACAGGAAAUGGAGAAAGAGCUCAGCGAAGACAGGUCCAGCGCCACUUCCAACGCAGAUCAGUUCGAAGAAGGGUCUUUCGAUGACGCCACUGCGAUUUCCGAUCAGGAAGUCGUCAGUCAAGCACCCUUCAAAGUGGAAGACAGUUCCGAACUACCACAGCCGAGCACAGAAUUCGCUCAGCCAGUUCUUUCGAAACAGGAACUGGACCACAUCGCGUACAUCACGAGCCUAGCCGAAAGAUCAUCUUUCGAAGCUCCAGAACGGCCUCCACUGCCUAGAAGAAUGGCUUCAGAACAACAAGAAAUGGAGAAAGUGCUCAGCGAAGACAGGUCCAGCGCCACUUCCAACGCAGAUCAGUUCGAAGAAGGGUCUUUCGAUGACGUCACUGCCAUUUCCGAUCAGGAAGUCGUCAGUCAAGCACCCUUCGAAGUGGAAGACAGUUCCGAACUACCACAGCCGAGCACAGAAUUCGCUCAGCCAGUUCUUUCGAAACAGGAACUGGACCACAUCGCGUACAUCACGAGCCUAGCCGAAAGAUCAUCUUUCGAAGCUCCAGAACGGCCUCCACUGCCUAGAAGAAUGGCUUUCAGAACAACAUGA